GCGGCCCAGCCCGGCCGGCCUGGCCCCGCCGGGAAGGCGAGCCCCGGAGCCGGAGAGGCGGGCAGGGUUCGCCAGAGCCCAGGCCCCGGCGGUAGGUUAGGCGGGAAGAAGAAGCGGGAGCGGGCGACUACGACGGAGAGAUUGGCGGUCGGCGGCGAGGGCGGGGGGAGGGCCUCCCCGUCGGGAGUCGGAGACCCCCACCCCGCCCCCCUGCCGCCGAGCGGGCCCGGUGAGAGCGGGCCCAUGAAGAGGGGGCUCUGCCCGGCGGGGGCUUGAGAGCGCCGGGCCAGCGCCGCGGCGGGCCCCGGCCGCAGAGCCGGGCCGGCGAGGGGGGCAUGGACGUGUCGGAGGCCCAGCGGGGGAUGGAGCCGGCGGCCACGGCCGGGCAGCGGCGGCGGCGGCAGGAGCAGGAGGAAGAGGAGGAGGACGGGGGCAGGCGGCCGGAGGCUCGGGCCCCGGGCUCGCCGGGACCGUGCGGCGCUCCUUCCGACCGGCCCCGGCAGAAGGAGGCGGCGGCGGGCCGGGAGGAGCUGAGCUACGAGCUGCAGCAGGGCUAUCGCAUCCUCAGCGAGUUUCUGCUGGAGAAGCACCGGGGGCUCACCGCCCCUUUUUUGCAAGCCGAGAGGGGCGAGGGCGACGGCCCCGGCAAGUGCCGUCCCGGCGAGGAGCCGCCGUUGGGGCCGGCCGGCGGCAGCCGCGAACUCCUGCAGUCGGGGCUCAGUAUGUGCCUGCUGAAGAUGGAGGAGAAGUUCUCCCGGGGCCAGUACGGGAGCAUCACGGAGUUCGUGGCCGAUUUCAGGUUGAUGUUGGAGACCUGCUACCGGCUGCACGGGGUGGACCACUGGCUCUCCAAGCAGGGCCAGAAGUUGGAGAUGAUGCUGGAGCAGAAGCUGGCGCUGCUCUCUCGGCACUUGAGAGAAAAGACGUCCAUAGCAGUAACAUCCAAAGGCUGUUAUGGUUUGGAGGAUGAAAAAGGCACAGUGUUUACUUCAACACGACGCCGUUCGACAUCUCGUGGUUUGGCGGGUCUGGCGAGUGGAGCGUUUGAGUCUAUAAUCGUUCAGAUUCUGAGACAUGAAGAACAACUGAGAGCCAAAGAAGAGAAAAGAUUACGGGAGCAAGAAAGGAAAGAAGCCGAAGAAGCCAGUCAGAAGGAAAUCGAAGAGUGGGAAAGAAGGCUCUUGGCUCAAGCAGCACCCACCUUCAUGGAGAACUUGUGGGAAAUUCCAGCUAUUGGCCACUUCCUUUGUUUAGCCCAACAGAUCCUCAACUUGCCCGAGAUCGUCUUUUAUGAAUUGGAGCGCUGCCUCCUGAUGCCUCAGUGUAAUGCUUUCUUGUCUAAAAUAAUGACGUCUCUGUUGAGCCCUCCUCACCGCAGGGCCACCUUACACAGAAGACCCACCCUGCCUUACAAGACGUGGGAAGCGGCCCUGAGGCAGAAGGUGCAGCAGUGGUACGCCGUCGUCAGGCAGACGGAGAGCCCCGACAGCUGUGCCGAAAAACUCGGCCUGUGUCCUCAGUUUUUUAAAGUCAUCGGAGAAGUCAGCCCGCUGGAAGAGAGAUCAUUUCACCAACUCCCCUUUUACCAAAGAGUGUGGCUGCUGAAGGGCCUGUGCGACUUUGUGUACGAGACCCAGAAAGAUGUUCAGGAUGCCGUGCUGGGACAGCCCAUCCACGAAUGCAGAGAAGUGAUUCUCGGCUACGAUUACCUGGAAAACGCUUACGUCCAUUUUCCACAGUUCUGUGGGGCCGACGUACGAAUUUACAAACAGAAACCCUUUCAGGCCCCCGAGUAUCCGAUCCCUCUCAUCAAGAUACGGAGAGUGUCUCGGGUGAAACCGGAGAAAUUGAAGUCGGAGUACGUCAGCAAGAGCAAUGGAGAAGUUAGGUCUGCGAGUAAAGGAGCGUUGGCCUCCACCCCCAAGAAAGAGCCGGGAAUCCGCCUCGACUCGGUUUGCAGCCUGGCCAAGACCUACAUGGCUGCUCCGGGCAUCGCCAGGGAAGGAGCGGCCCAAACCAAGUGGGAAACCCCAACUCACUGUGCCUGCGAAUCGAAAGCCGUGGGCUCCGGAGGAAAGUUCGGGAAGCCGGUAGGUCAAGGCGAAGUCAUCGGCUUCGGGGAGCCUCUCAACCCUGCAGAAACGGAAGCCUUGGAAAACAGGGCGAAAGAGGGCGAGGCUUCUGGAGGAAAAUCUGGGCUCGGUCCGUUGAAGGAGAAUGCCGUUCGAAUUUGCCAGCUCCAUGUGAACGGAAGCCACAGUGACAAUCCGGACCCGAACCGCCACCAGUUUCCGAGGGACGUCGCCUUAGAUCACUCACUACGGAACAGUCAAAAGCUCCAACUUACAAAAUUGCGGGCGAAGAAGAAGAAGAAGAAAAGGAAAUUGAAAGACGUCCUGAGCGAAACCAUGAAGAGAAAACGCGAAGGUUUUCAUUCUCUAGUAUUCAAGUCUUACAAGCCUGAGAUCCACAAUAAGUUAUUUAUCAUCAAAAAGAAAGCAAAACACAAGAAGCACAAAUCCGGGAAAAAAUCCAUAUCUAAAAAUGCAAUCAUAAAGAAAAGGAAAGCUGUCAGGAAGUCACCUACUGUACCGGAGUUUCAGCUUAUUUGCACUAAUCUUGAUGAACUCAGGGAAUUAAUCACGAAAAUCGAGAGUGAACUCAGAGAUCUGGAAAACCAUAGAAAAAAAACGGGAAAAUGGAAUCAUCGGAGGCAAGCUGUAAAGGAAUUACACAGUACGUUGAUGCGCCUUCUAAAUGAAUUGCUGCCGUGGGAACCAAAGCUAGUGAAGGCUUUUCAAAGAAACAGGAGUCGACUGAAGAAGGACUAUGAUGAAUUCAUAAAACAGCCAGACCAUGAUAUGUUUUCCCAAGAAUCGUGGACUGGGGAAAGAGCUGAAGUAGAUUCUGUAAAAGAGUCUGCCAGGGUAGAAGUCAGAAAACCUAUAGAAUAUAUAGAACAUCUGGAUAUUUUUGAGACUGAGCGUCGUGGUUCAGAUGCUCUGAAACUGUCAGAAAUAAAUUUUCCCGUAGGCAAAAGCAGGCUAUUAAAGAAAGAGUUUUCUUCUAAAGAUGUGCAGAAGACACUGCCUAAAACACUUAAACGUCAGUACAAGCAAAGCAGUUAUCUGGAUAAUAGCACAAAGGAGCUUUCACCAAGGAAGAAAGCCAAAUUAAGCACAAGCGAGGCUACAGUUUUGAGUGUAGAAAGCGGGGUGGACACUGACUGUUCUCUGAGAGAGUCCAAACAAACCAAACCGCCGUCUCCAGAAACGGUUGCCCCAGUGGAAUCUACAACGUCCGGUUCCAGUUUCCUGAAAGGGACCAAACCUAUUCAGGCCUUGCUUGCCAAGAAUAUUGGGAACAAAGUGACCUUAACAAAUCAGCUGCCACCUUCCGAAAACAGGAACGUGACUUCCUUGGAAAAGCCAGUUCUCUUGCCUUUAGAAUCCGGCCCAAUGACCUCCGAAGUGACCUGCCAGACCAAUUCAAAGGGUCCUUUACAGAUGGUAUGCAAAAUGCCCUAUGGUCCGUGUGGGCCGGUAGAUCUUCCAAACCAUUCUGUGAAGAUUCAGAGGCAGUCUGCGACUGAUCCGACCACGGGGGAAAAGGUCGUGAAGCAGAUUCUUAUUUUGCCCAAGAAUUUUCUCAUUGAGCACAAGGAAGGAAAAGCUGUUUUGAAAGAAAUCCAGUCUCUUCCAGAGAAGGUUAAGGAGAAACAGCGUUCCUCUUGCCCACCGACGGCAGAUGUAAGCUCUUCUUUAGCACCGGUUCUGGUGAGCCCUCCUGCAGAUCUUUCUACCCAACUACCCAGUACGAUUUUCAACAGUAAUUUUGCGCCAGUAACAAAUGUGAACAGUUCCAGACCCCAGCCCCUGCCCUCUGAAACCUCAGCCAGUCACUUCUUCGCGGCAGCAGUUAAACCGAGCCAGAGCGAGCCUGGAAGAGUCCAAAAUACCCUCGCGGCAGUCACAUUCCCUCGGCCCGUUGCUUCCCCCACCAUUUCCGUGACCGCUCCGCCCGUAACACUAAGUCGCUCUCCAAAUCCCAAGAGUUCGGCCAACAGUCUAGCCCCAGAGCAAGCGGUCGACUCCCCCGAAGCCAAACAAGAACUUAAAACGGUUUGCAUAAGAGAUUCACAGUCCAUCCUUGUCAGGACACGAGGUGGGAACACAGGCGUUGUGAAAGUACAGACCAAUCCCGAUCAGAAUCCUCCCAACAGCUUCACCCCAAGUUCGGUUUUCACGUACGCCCCUCAGCUGCAGACAAUCCUGGUGCCCAAAUCCACCCCGCUCUCAGCAGUUUCAGGAGUGGCGACGACAUCCUGCCUCCCUCCUUUUGGCCAGGGGUCUGUCUCCGGAGCCGUUCCACCGCCCUCUUCUGUUUCCAUUCCAGCCAUCCCUGCUGGCGUCAAGCAGCCGGCGGGGAAGGACCCCAAACUUGCAUCAGCUCAGUCCACCUGCAGCGGUCACCCGGGGCAGGCGACGGAUAAAGCCGUCCAGGUAACUUCUUCCUCUCCGUCCUCCAUCUUGACCGGCUCGUCGGUGCCGCUGACCUCGAGCGGCCCGGUCGGCGGCGGCGUUUCGACGGGAAAUCCGGGGAAACCCAACCCGCACCUUAUCCGUUCGGUCGCGCAGCUGCAAGUGGACUUUCACCCCAAGAAGUCUCCCGUCACCCGCCCCGAAACAACCCUCCCCACAAACGGGGAACUGGCCGGCGGUCCCGCCGCCCCUAAACUCGUGCUGGUCACAGCUCCGUCGAUCAUCUCCUCCUGCAGCAAAGCGGUCAGUGUGGUGCCGACCCCAGUGUCCGCGGGCGUUGCCCCGAAGCUGGUUUUCAUUAACGCUCCGAUUCCCGGCGGCACUCCCACCUCGACCCUCAUUGCGGAGUCGUUAAAGCAGGCCCUCCCUCCCUCCCUCAGCAACGCGUAUGUCAAAAACACCGAGCAGCCUCAGAUAGUCCUGAUCCCUACCGUGGCGAACCCGAUCAAAAUCAAUCCGUCGCCCACGGUGUCUCAGAUAAAAGAUGUCAAGAUCGGGCUGAACAUAGGUCAGGCCAUUGUAAAUACUCCAGGCAGCGUACAGAGUGUACCGUCCAUCAGCCUCAUACAGAACGCGGCCCCGGCGGGAUCGGAAGAGCAAAACAGCAAAGGCUUCGUUUUGCCUCUGUCGACGAGCGGCAGCUCCGUUGCGGUGAGUCCCGGCCUCAUCAGUCAGGCCCAUCCACCCUUCAGCGAACCGGUCCCUUCCACCAGAGCGCCCAACGUGUUCGUGGUGACGACGGCCGGUACGUCCCCAAGUUCUGUUUCGGCAGCCUCAAAUUGUACCUCUGGAACCCGCCCCGCUGUUUUGGUCGGGGGAAACGACACCUCUUCGAGGAUCGUGUCGGUUUUAGCCAAUAGCCUGUGUACGCCCGCCCUCGGCAGCGCCGUGGCUAUCUCGACUGUGAAGACGGGACAUCUUGCGUCGUCCGUGCUGAUUUCAACUUCCCAGCCCACCGUGUCUCCUCAGUGUCUGCCCUCGGCCCUGCAGAUCCCAGUGACGGUUGCCUUGCCCGCACCUGCCGCCGUCUCCCCGAGGAUCAUCAACGCCGUCCCGCCUCUGGCAGCGGUUCCGGGGGCCGCGCAUUCUCUAGCCCUUCCGAAGAGGCUGCCGCAGACAUUGGUUCAGUUUCAGACGCCGGGGCUGUCAGCUCCAGUGCCGGCCAACGCGAGCCUGAAUUAUCCGCCGGCUCUGGUCCCCUCUGCCUCACUGAAUGCCGGGAAAACCUUUCGUUUUGCCAACUUCGCUCCUCUGCCAAGCCAGCACAUGCCUCUCAACUUGGUGAAACCAGCACAGAGUUACAGUUGUAUUCCAGUUGCCUCUGCCAUUCAGACUUCUCCAGGGCCUACGGGCCUAGCCGGUCUGGUAGGGGGUCAGUUGAAUGACACUUGCAUUCAGCAGAAGAUAGUUAUUAAUACCAAUACGCCUCUGGCCCCCGGGACUCAGAUUAUGAUCAACGGGAGCCAGUUUGCGGUCCCGCCCCAAGGUCUGGGGGUAGGCAGCCACGUCCUCCUGAUAACUACUAAUCCUUUCAUUCUUAGCAGCGGCCCGGUGUUUCCGGCGGCAUCUUUUGAGAAUCCCGCCCAGAAGGUGGCCCUGAUACCAAGCAGUGCAUUAAGUCAGGAGCCGGAAAAUCCGCCCCCGCAGAGCGCUACAAAAAUUGUGAAUUCUCCCGGAAAUGCCAGCACCCAACCCUCUGCGGCCGAAGCGUCUGCCCUGACCCGGGUACCGGCGGCGACGCGGUCUUCGGCGAUGAGGCCGCCCCCGCCCGGAACUAAAGCUCCUUCGGCGGCGGCCGCCCAUGACGGGGACCCUCGGCCGGGUAGUCCUCCGGUACUUAACGUAGAAACACCAGCCAAAAAAUUGUUGGUUAGCCCAGAGGGAGCCAUUUUGAAUGCCAUAAAUUCGCCUCAGGUCCCUCCCGUUUCUUCACCCUGUUCUCAAAUUAUAAUCUCCACCAGCCCAAAUCCCGCCACUGUCUUCCCUGCUUUUCAGUCACCUGGCUUACAAAAGCCUGACAGAGCUGCCUCUUGAGAUGAGACCGAAAGAACCAGUCUUCGAUAUCGGGCAUUGUUUUGAGACCCAAAAAGAAGAAUUUUCAGUUUUAUCAUACCACUGAAAGCCGUAGGGUUGGGGGUUUUUUUUUUUUCCCCUUUCUCUCCCCCC